UGGAGAGAUAAAGUUCAAAUGUGAUGCACUUAUAAAGCAUCUCAACUCAAAAACCAUCAUACUGGAGAGAGAUAUUUUAAAUGUCAUGUUUGCCUGGAGACAUAUUUCCGAAAAACUAGCCUGGUUGCACAUUCUAAGAUCCAUAAUGGAGAUAGGAAUUCCAAAUGUGAUGUUUUCCUGAAGAAAUUUUACCGUAAAUCUGAACAAGUAGAACAUUCUAAGAUCCAUAUUUGAGAAAGAAAUUUGAAAUAUAACAUUUGUUCAAAAACAUUUACCCAUAAAUCUGGUCUAGUGGCACAUUCUAUAAUCCAUACCGGAGAGAAGUCUUUAAAUGUGAUGUUUAUGACAAGGCAUUUAACAGAAUGAAUCAACUCAAGACUCACCAUAUAAGCCAUACUGGAGAGGGGGAUUUCAAAUGUGAUGUUUGUGAUAAGACAUUUUUCACCAAGUCUCGUCUCAAGAAACAUCAUGUAAUUCAUACUGGAGAGAGGAAUUUCAAAUGUGAAGUUUGCCAGAAGACAUUUAACCAGAAAUCCAACCUUUCAACACAUUCUAAAAUCCAUACUGGAGAGAAAAAGUUCAAGUGUGAUGUUUGUAGUAAGACAUUUUCAAUGAAGGCUAGUCUCAAGAUACAUCAUGUAAUUCAUACUGGAGAGAGGAAUUUCAAAUGUGAAGUUUGCCUGAAGACAUUUAACCAAAAAUCCAGUCUUACAGCGCAUUCUAAGAUCCAUACUGGAGAGAGAAGUUGUAAAUGUGAUGUUUGUGGUAAGAAAUUUUUCACGAAUACUCAUCUCAAGAGACAUUAUGUAAUUCAUACUGGAGAGAGAAAUUUCAAAUGUGAAGUUUGCCUGAAAACAUUUAAACUAAAAUCCAGUCUUACAGCACAUGCUAAGAUCCAUACUAAAGAGAGAAAAUUCAAAUGUGUUGUUUGUAUUAAAACAUUUUUCACCAAAGCUCAUCUCGAGACACAUCAUGUAAUUCAUACUAGAGAGAGGAACUUCAAAUGUGAUGUAUGUCUGAAGACAUUUAGCCUAAAAUCUAACCUUACAACACAUUAUAAGAUCCAUACUCGAGAAAAAAGUUUCAAAUGUUCCAUCUGUUUAAAAGAAUUUUACAACAAAUCUUAUCUUGCAACACAUUCUAUUAUCCAUACUGGUGAAAAAAAUUUCAAGUGUGAGAUUUGCUUUAAAUCAUUUUACAGCAAGUCAGGACUCAGGAAACAUUAUUUAAUUCAUACUGGAGAAAGGAAUUACAAAUGUGAUGUCUGUUUAAAGACAUUUACCCUCAAGUCUAUCUUAACAGCACAUUCUAGGAUACACACAGGAGAGAGGAACUUCAAAUUUUAGGUUUGCUCAGAAACAUUUAAACGAAGAGGAAACCUUGCAUCACAUUACAAGAUCCAUACUGGAGAGAAGAAUUUCAAAUGCAAUGUCUGUCUCAAGGCUUUUACCACAAAAUCGAAACUUGAAUCUCAUUCUAAGAUCCAUACUGGUGAGAGGAAUUUCAAAUGUGAUAUUUGUUUAAAGAAAUUCCGUGACAAAUCUUCCCUUCAAAUGCAUUUUAAGAUACAUACUGGAGAAAGAAAUUAUAAAUGUGACAUCUGUCUAAAAACAUUUAUCAAAAAAUGUAACCUUGAAUCACAUUAUAAGAUCCAUACUGGAGAGAGAAAUUUCAAAUGUGAUAUUUGUCUAAAGACAUUCACUCACAACUCUAGCCUUCGAAAGCAUUCUAAGGUUCAUAUCUGAGAGAAUUACGAUAGCUGACGUUUGUUUAAAGAUAUUUAACCAAAAGUCUAGAAUAACAAUUUAUUCUAAGAUCCAUCCUUAAGAUACAUGUAUGUUUAAAUGGGAUGCCGGUAUGUGUCAAAUCAUUUAUAAAAAAUCGCCUCAAGAGACAAUGUGUAAUUCAUGAAUAAGAGACAGGAUGUUUGAGGAUCUGAACUAAGAAAAACUACCAACAAAAAGUUCUAAAAAGCAGACCAGUCCUGUUUAAGAACACCUAUACUUACUAUUGAAAAUGGAUUCUUGAAAUACUAUCCAAAAUGAAUCUACUUGCUGAGACUCAAUCAACUUGAAUUCUUCCAAGAAAAUG